CUGUGCGCUGCGGGUCGCUCAGCGCGCGGCGGGACACCGAGUGUGGAGACUUUGGGGCGAAAACACGAAGUUUCUCAGGUGUGUGUGUUUUAGCGCCGUUUAAAGGAGCCGGACUCGGAGCCGGACUCGGAGCCGGACUCGGACUCGGAGCCGGACUCGGACUCGGACUCGGACCCGGACCCGGACCCGGACUGAAAACUUCUCCGCGGUGUGGGUUAAACGCGCUGAGCUCAGACGCGAGCGCGGCGUGAACGCAGGGACCUUCAGAGAUAAACCGAUAAACGCAGUUUAACUGGAGCUGAAACUCUGAGAGGAGCAGCAGGCGGAGAUGAUCCCGGACCUUCUGGAGGAGCUUCCCCGCUCUUCCCCUCCGCUCUGAGCCCCGUGCAGGAGUGUGUGAGAGAGAUGUGUGGGAGACAUGGGGCUGUGUUUCAGCUCCGAGCUCACAGAGGACGAGAAGAAGGCGAAGAUCCACAGCGCUCAGAUCGACAGAGAGCUGUACGAGCUCACCAAGAAGGAGAUGAACGCCGUCAAGAUCCUGCUGCUCGGUGCUGCUGAGAGUGGUAAGAGCACUCUGGUCAAGCAGAUGAAGAUCAUCCACAGCCAUGGGUUCACUCAGCAGGAGCUGGUCAGCUUUAAGCCGGCCGUGUUGGAUAAUCUGCUGACCUCAAUGAAGUUUGUGCUGCAUGGGAUGGGCAUCCUGAGGAUUAACCUGGCAAACAGCAAAAACAAGGUCCACGCUCACUCCGUGCUCUCGUGUGGCAGGUGCUUUGACGAGGAACAGGUGUUGUUCCCGUUUAUAGGCCACGCCCUCUGCUGUCUUUGGGCGGAUCAGGGGGUCCGGUCGGCGGCGGCCCGCGGAUAUGAAUACGAGCUCAACGACUCGGCGCUCUAUUUUUUCGAGAACAUGGCUCGGAUUGUGUCCCAAGACUACGUACCCACAGAGAUGGACGUGCUAAGGGUCAGAAUACGGACCACGGGGGUCAUCGAAACUCAGUUUAAGGUCAAACACCUGGUCUUCAGGUUGUAUGAUGUCGGAGGCCAGAGAACGGAGAGGAGGAAGUGGAUUAGCUGUUUUGAGGACGUGAGAGCCGUCCUGUUCGUUGCGGCUCUGAGUGGUUAUGACAUGACGCUGGUUGAGGACCCUUCAGUGAAUCGGCUGCAGGAGAGCCUGAAGCUGUUCUCCUCCAUCUGCAACAACGUGUUCUUCAGGAGCACCUCGAUGAUUUUAUUCAUGAACAAGAUCGACUUGUUCCAGGAGAAGAUCCUCCACUCCGGACGACACCUGAGAUACUACCUGCCCCUCUACAGAGGUGCUGACUGUGAUGUGGACUCUGCUGCUCGUUUCAUCGCCUCCAUGUUUGUGUCUCAGAACGCCACGCCCACUAAGCUCAUCUACCAUCACUUCACCACGGCAACCGACACCUCCAACGUCCAGGUGGUCUUCCAGGUCGUCAUGGACACCAUCAUCAAGGAGAACCUGGAGGCCGUCUCUUUGCUCUGAGCCGCAGUUUACGCUGAUUAUGACUGUAAUUAUUAUCAUGAUCGUCAGAAAUGAUGAUGUUGAUGUUUGGCAUCGUUAUUUCUGAUCCACACUGAAGAAGAAACCUCUGCUGAACUUCGGAGGGAAGUUCCAGAUCUGGAAAACCGCUCCUGCACCUGGGAAACUUUCUUUUUAACUUAAUUUGCUGUGAUCUGAAGUGCUACUUUUUUGUCUGAUUUUUUUGUCUUUAAUAAUCUGUGACCAGUCCCCUCUAAAGGCUGUGGACCUGAGGUUCUGAGCUGAAAGCCACUUUAAUGGAAUGUUUUGGGUGGUUGACAGGAAAUUAGGCAAUAUUUAUUGUCAUAGCAACACAGAAUUCAGUGGUUAUGUCCGUGAUGGAGAGGAUGGGCAUCGAACUCCAUCUAAAAUACUGAUCAUCUCAUCGAAAACUAAACAGAAACAGGCAGAAAUCACCACCUUUAUUAACAGCAGUCAUUAUAGAAAACAUCAAAGGAAUGAAAUGGAUUUGUUUAGCGUUUUAUCACUUGUUUACAUUAGUUUGACUCAUGACAGCUUCAUCUCAGUUUAAUAUCCUACUGAUCUCUACAUUUACAUUACAGUUCAACAUCUGAAACAGUUUUAGUUUUUUCGUAUCAGUAAUAACAUAAUUUGAAUAUGGUAGAAUUAAAUAUUGCAAACUAGAAGUGAGAAAUAAUCAAAUAAUGAAAAAUAGGGAUGCACUGAUAUGGGAAUUCUGGGCCAGUGCCAAUAUUGAAUGUUUUACAUGUAUAUAUGGGCCGAUGCUGAUAUCUGAUAUUAUACGUGUAUAUAUUGGCCAAAGCCAGUAUUUGAUAUUUUACAUAUACAAUGCUGAUGCCAAUAUCUCAUAUUAUACUGUACAUAUCGGCCGAUGCUGAUAUCCAAUGUUAUGCGUGUAUAUAUCGACCGAUACCGAUAUUAUACUGUACAUAUAGACCGAUGCCAAUAUCUGAUAUUAUACGUGUAUAUGUCGGCCGAUGCUUAUAACCCAUAUUUUACUUGUAUUUUCAAAAUUUUACACAUGCAUAUCAGGCGUUGCUGAUAUAUACAUGUAAAACAUUGGAUAUGAGCCAGUGUUGAUAUUUUACAUGUACUUAUCUUUAACUCUUGGACACGCAAAGCUGCCUUCUUUAAAGACCACCGCACACCAGAUGCGCUGCAUUGCGAGAAAUCCAGAAACGUUUUUAAUGAAACACCUGCUUCUUUUAGAUAAACCUUUUGCAGCUGGAAAACAGCCAGUCUGUGGAGGGUAGUAAACAGAUACCAAGCAUGAUUUCAUUUAUAAAAGUCGAGUAGAAAAAUGAACAUGAAUUAAGCUUUAAGUGGCUUUCCCUGCCGCUGUGGGAAAAUUUGAACAAAAAGCUGGCGACUGGCCAAAUCCAGCGUCGUAGUUUUGAUGCUUUUAGCAUUUUUUUUUAAUGGACGUUUUAAGCCAUCAAACAUCCUUUAUUGUGUGCUUUUCCAGUAUAAUAAAUGCGUCAUCAAAUAUCGGUUUGAGAUGUUGGCCAAACCUAAGCAUCGGCCUGUUGCCAACGUUUUUUUAAAAAACAAAAUAUCGGCCAAUACUGAUAUGAUCCCGGUAUCAUCGUGCAUCCCUAAUAAAGCAGCAACAACAACCACCUUUCAUUAGUUUGAUUUGCAGUGAAAACCAUCAAGUUAUUUGUUUUACAGCCUGAAGAAAAACUCUGAAGAAAACAUUUAACAAAAGCUAAACUAAAUAUAAUAUCACAUUUUUCGUCACCUUCAUUCCAGCUUCCAUUCUU